GAGACGAAGCAGGAUUGCUGCAUGAAAACAGAGCUGCUGAGGGAAGAGAUAUCUAUGGCAGCCGAUGGAGGCUCAUCGGAGAAGCAGGGAGGAGAGGGCCCCCUGGCCUCAGACGGCGAAGCUAAUGGGUCCUGUGGAAAGAGCGAGGCUAGCAGCCACGUGACUGCAGCCCAGCACACUCAGGAGAACACAGCGGUCAGCCCACAGGACGGUACCAACAAAUUAGCUCGAAUAGCUGAAAAUGGGGUUUCAGACAGAGACAGUGAAACGGGGAAGCAAAACCACGUCAACACAGAUGACUUCACACAGACUUCUGUCAUCGGGAGCAAUGGGUACUUCUUGAAUAAACCACCCCUGCAGGAACAGACCAUGCGGAUUACCAGCACUUUGGCUUCCUCGCUUCCUGGUCAUGCUGCAAAAACCCUUCCCGGAGGUUCCGGCAAAGGGAGGACUCCUAGUGCUUUUUCUCAGACGCCAGCCACAGCACCGGCCAAGCUUGCGGAAGCGAGUAAAGACACGGAGGACAAGAAGCCCUCGGGCCCUGGUGCCGACGUCAAGGUUCACAGGGCACGGAAGACCAUGCCAAAAUCCAUCCUGGGCCUGCAUGCAACCAGUAAGGAUCCCAGAGAAGUUCGAGAAGCUCGAGAUCAUGAGGAGCCAAAAGAGGAGAUCAACAAAAACCUUUCUGAUUUUGGACGACAGCAGCUUUUACCCCCCUUCCCACCCCUUCAUCAAUCACUACCUCAAAAUCAGUGCUACGUGGCCACCACAAAGUCACAGACAGCUUGCUUGCCUUUUGUUUUAGCAGCUGCAGUAUCUCGGAAGAAAAAACGAAGAAUGGGAACCUAUAGCCUGGUUCCUAAGAAAAAGACCAAAGUAUUAAAACAGAGGACGGUGAUUGAGAUGUUUAAGAGUAUAACUCAUUCCACUGUGGGCUCUAAGGGCGACAAGGACCUGGGUGCCAGCACCCUCCACGUGAAUGGGGAGAGCUUGGAGCUGGACUCGGAGGAGGACGAGUCGGAGGAGCUGGAUGAGGACGAGGACCAGGGGGCUGAGCAGGCCGCCGCGUUCCCCACGGAGGACAGCAGGACCUCUAAGGGGGUUGUGCCAGAGGCCGACCGCACCCAGAAGACGGACGGCGAGUCUGAAGAGGAGCAGGAAUCAGCCGGCACCGGGGAGGAGGACGAGGAUGGAGACGAGUCCGAUCUGAGUUCUGAAUCCAGUAUCAAGAAGAAGUUUCUCAAGAGGAAAGGGAAGCCUGACAGCCCCUGGAUCAAGCCUGCUAGGAAACGGAGGCGGAGAAAUAAAAAGAAGCAAAGCAGUAUCCUGGGUUCUGAAGCAUAUACGUCAUCUUCAGGAAGCACAGAGCAGACGGCACCAGGAGACAGCACGGGGUACAUGGAAGUUUCUCUGGACUCCCUGGAUCUCCGUGUCAAGGGAACGCUGCCCUCACACGCAGAAGGGCUGGCCAAUGGUCCUGACUUGGUGGAGACGGACGGCCUUCAGGAAGUGCCCCUCUGCAGCUGCCGAAUGGAAACCCCGAAAAGCCGAGAGAUCACUACUCUGGCCAACAACCAGUGUAUGGCUACGGAAAGCGUGGACCACGAACUGGGCAGGUGCACCAACAGCGUGGUCAAGCACGAGCUGAUGCGCCCAUCCAGCAAAGCGCCGCUCUUGGUGCUGUGUGAAGACCACCGGGGCCGGAUGGUGAAGCACCAGUGCUGUCCUGGCUGCGGCUACUUCUGCACAGCGGGUAAUUUUAUGGAAUGUCAGCCUGAGAGCAGCAUCUCUCACCGUUUCCACAAAGACUGUGCCUCUCGAGUCAAUAAUGCCAGCUAUUGUCCCCACUGUGGGGAGGAGAUCUCCAAGGCCAAAGAGGUGACCAUCGCAAAAGCGGACACAACCUCUACCGUGACACUGGCCCCUGGGCAGGACAAAAGCUCCUUGGCGGAGGGCAGGGCCGACACCACCACAGGCAGCACUGCUGGACCAUCGCUCUUGGAGGACGGCAAGCCACAGAGUACGGCCCCCCAGGCAGCCGAGGGCUUCGACCCCACAGGGCCUGCGGGGCUGGUGAAGCCGGCCCCCGGCCUUUCCCAGGGACCAGGGAAGGAGACCUUGGAAAGUGCUCUGAUCGCUCUAGACUCGGAAAAACCCAAGAAGCUUCGCUUCCAUCCGAAGCAGCUAUAUUUCUCCGCCAGGCAAGGGGAGCUGCAGAAAGUGCUGCUCAUGCUGGUGGAUGGAAUUGAUCCCAACUUUAAGAUGGAGCACCAGAACAAGCGGUCCCCGUUGCACGCUGCCGCCGAGGCCGGCCACGUGGACAUCUGCCACAUGCUGAUCCAGGCGGGCGCGAACAUUGACACCUGCUGUCUGCAAGUGGAAGGCCCUUGGCCACCUGAGGCCUCGUCCCAUCGGCGUCAGAAGCUCGGGGUCUGGACCCCAGUGGAUGCAGAGGGCUCCACCUGCUUGCACCUCGCUGCCAAGAAAGGCCACUAUGAUGUGGUUCAGUAUCUGCUUUCAAACGGACAGAUGGAUGUCAACUGUCAGGAUGAUGGCGGCUGGACACCCAUGAUUUGGGCCACUGAGUAUAAGCACGUGGAGCUCGUGAAGCUGCUGCUGUCCAAGGGGUCUGACAUCAACAUCCGGGACAACGAGGAGAACAUCUGUCUACACUGGGCUGCGUUUUCUGGCUGCGUGGACAUAGCUGAGAUCCUGCUGGCCGCCAGGUGUGACCUGCAUGCCGUGAACGUGCACGGAGACUCACCCCUGCACAUCGCCGCCAGGGAGGACCGCUACGCCUGCGUCCUCCUCUUUCUUUCUCGGGAUUCAGAUGUCACCUUGAAAAACAAAGAGGGAGAGACGCCCCUGCAGUGUGCCAGCCUCAACUCCCAGGUGUGGGACGCUCUGCAGAUGAGCCGGGCGUUGCGGGACGCAGCCCCCGACAGGCCUGUCCCGACGGAGAAGACGGUGAGCAGAGACAUUGCUCGAGGCUAUGAGCGAAUCCCCAUCCCGUGUGUCAACGCUGUGGACAAUGAGCCGUGCCCCAGCAACUAUAAAUACGUUUCUCAGAACUGCGUGACGUCCCCCAUGAACAUUGACAGAAACAUCACCCAUUUGCAGUACUGCGUGUGCAUUGACGACUGCUCUUCCAGCAACUGUAUGUGUGGCCAGCUCAGCAUGCGCUGCUGGUACGACAAGGACGGCCGGCUCCUGCCGGAGUUCAACAUGGCGGAGCCACCCUUGAUCUUUGAGUGCAACCAUGCCUGUUCCUGCUGGAGGAGCUGCCGGAACCGCGUCGUGCAGAACGGUCUCAGGGCGAGGCUGCAGCUCUACCGGACACACAACAUGGGCUGGGGCGUGCGGUCCCUGCAGGACAUCCCCCUGGGCACCUUCGUCUGCGAGUAUGUGGGAGAGCUCAUCUCUGACUCGGAAGCUGACGUUCGGGAAGAAGACUCUUACCUCUUUGAUCUUGACAAUAAGGAAAGUGCAGGUCGAGGUGGGGACGGCAUCUGCGUGGUGCCCAGAACUGGCACCAGCCACGCAGGCCUCGUGCAGGCAGGUCUAACGGAGCAGCUCGAGGGUGAUGGUGUCUUCGGCAGGUGCCACGCAGGGAGCCUGGGCUGA